GUCACGUGGUCGGCGAUGGAGCGGGUGAAGGAAUCGGCGGCGGCGGCGACACCGAUAGACGGGAUCAGUAACCUCCGCAUCACCGGCGUCUGGAGCUUCCUGCUGUCGGUCGAGUGGUCUGAGCCAUGGCUGAUAGGGCUAAUAGCCUUUCAUGCCCUUUGCUUUCUACUAGCCUUAGUUACAAUCCGAUUCUACAGACUCCAGAUUGCCCAUUUCCUUUUUAUGGUUGGGCUGAUUUGUGGUGCCGAAUAUAUUAAUGAAGUGGCAGCGAGGAACUGGAGGUUAUAUUCCAAGUAUCAGUACUUUGAUUCCGGUGGGAUGUUCAUCUCACUCGUGUUCUCCGCCCCACUUCUGCUGAACACAAUGAUGAUUGUGAUCGUGUGGGUGUCCAGGACGUUGGAAGCGAUGACAGAACUCAAAUCCCUGCAACUGAAGAGGAAAGCAAACAAGGAAAAGGAGAAGAAAACUGCAUAACCUGACUGACUUUUCUACAAUUUUCUUUUCAUCUCUUAUGUGCACCAUAUCUUUUCAAAUCAUUCCCUCUUGGUGGUGGUGUAGAGAUUAUGUGUCUUCUUUAUAUAUACAUAUAUAUAUAAAAGUAUGCAAUAUAUGACAUAACAGAAUAAUGUGGGUGUCCAUGAGCUUUAUGAUGCUUGCACCGUAAAGCAUCGUAAAGCUCGUGGUCUCAUGGAAUUGAUCAAAGUUUUGCUGGGAGCACAUAGAACUGGACACUUUCUGCUGAGGUUCCAAACUCGCAACAACUAAUGAUUUUGUAGGUGGUGGUUCAGGCUUCAGUACACGCUGCAUGUCUUGAGGUGAUAUAUUACCUCUGCUGCAGUGAUGGAGAGGGAUGUCUUUUACUGCCUGCCUUUUUCAAAAAGCGGUAAUAAGGGACUUUGUAUUUGGUAGCACACCAUUCCCGAUAAGCAGCCUCUUCCUUUUUCAGUUCAAGUUCCCACCAUUGUUUGGAAGGGGGNUGUUGUGAACUGUAGAUUGCCUUCUAAAUUCCUUUUUUUGUUUAUUGUUUUGCCUUCUGGAUUUUAUCUGACAAACAGCUGUGAGAUUCUCACUCAUCCCCAACCACAAAAAUAAGAGUUUCUCAUUCAGCCUUUCAAGCACUCCGGGAUGCUACCCCGUGUGAAGGGCGCUAUAUAAAUGCAAGUUGUUGUUGUCGAUACCAGCGAUAAAACGCACACUCUUCACCACUUCCUACCUUUUUGUCCAGAGCUGGUUUUAAGAUAUCAUCCUAAAAUUAUUGGUUUGUGGCACUGAGUUAAGUAGAAACAUGUGCGGGGUGAGGGAAGAACAAGAGAGAAUUUGUUUCUAGUUUUGAUGUUAAGUUAAAUUAUAAUGUUGCUUCACACAUCUUUACCUAAUUAGAACAGAUCUAUCCUCUGUCCCUUAACUCAUAUGUAAAGUACAGUGCUACAGUCAUGGGAGAUGGAGGUUAGCUGAACGUCUUGUAAUAUUAGUCUCCAUAUAGCGGGUAUCAAAUAAGGCAUACAAGUAUCUGGAGAGAAGUGAAUAUCCUACAGAUUCCUGAAAUCGGUCCCAUGCUACUCAUAGUCCUCAUGUGAAUUGACAUAAAAUGUUAUGGAAGCUUGUGCUCACUGUUCGCAAUAAAAUGAACAGGAAUGGG